CCGGGUGGAUGUGCCAGUCCGCGCCGCGCCGCACUGCCGACCUUACGUCGCCGCCGUCGUCGCGACGCUCUCACUACGCUCGCGAUCGCGAACCCCGAUAUUUUCAGACUAUUUAUGCCGCGAAGUACACGCGUGCAAUGAUGGGGACUGCCACCCUCCCGGGACAAGAGGCCUACGACUGUGUUCAGUGUACCGUUUGGAUGUGUUUUCGUUUGAAGUAACAUGUGCUGAAGGCGAGUUCCGUUUCUAUGGGUGCACUGGUUCGUCGCCCUACGCGGUCUGUCACCCACUUUUGAUGAUUAGAAUGAACUAGUUUGUGACGCACACUACACACGAUGGCAGUACUAUGAUGCUAUUUUGGUUAAACGAACGACUUAUUAGAGUCCUCCGUCCUGUUCGACAGUGAUCAAUCGUCUUUAAUGAUGUUUUCUCCAGUGAAACAUAAGCUCAAAUGAGGCGAUUAAGCGUUGAAGAUGAACAGGCCGGGCUACGAUUAUACCGUGCCUGCAUCCACCACCUAUUACGCGAGUAAUAACCGGCCACCGCAAUACGAGCGCGGCUACGGACAGCUCACAGCCGGUCCUCUCUAUAGCCCCUCCUCCCAUCCCCUCUCCAAUUACGCAGAUGUAUAUGAGGGCAACAACGAUACCACUCUCAGAGCAGAAGAGAGGCACUGGUACAUAGAGAACCAUAAAAAUUUACAGCCGAAUUAUGACGUCAGUGACGCCAUACCUCAAGAUGCCAAAGUUAAGAAAGAGGAGGAGAAGAAAAGCGAAGUACCAAUCAGACGGUCCGAUGCAGGGCAGCCGCGACAGAGAAGGAAAGAGGACCGCUGCUCUUGCGAGUGCUGGCCUAGUACCGACAAUAAUAUCGUGCAAGAUAGUACAGGGAACGAGACGACGAGGUCGCUGUCGGGGGUCGACAUGGUGGCCUCGUACGGUGUGUACGGCAACCCUAGAGAUGACGAAAGUUCAGGAUUUGCGCGGCUGUCGGAGAAGAGUGGUGUGUACGGACAAGGGAGCGAUGCUCCAGUGCAGGGCGUGAUAGUGAACCAGCAAGGGAACAGCGCGGUGGUGCGCGCGCCGUCGCCCGCGCAGCCGGGCUGCAGCCGCUGCUGCGCGUGGUCGAGCGCCGCGCCCGCCGCCAACUCGGAGGACUACUGCUGGAUACACUACUGCCGCCCCGCGCUCAUAGUUUUACUACUAUUGUUUUUUCUAGUCUUGUUGGGCGUUUCUACUGGUUUCUUACUGACGAAUAACUAUUUACACUAUCAGCCUAGACCUCCAGCUCCCGAAGAGGCGUGUGAAAAAACAUUUUGUCGUUGGGGCGCGGAGUGUGUUUCCCUCGGGGACGGGCGUGCCCACUGCGCUUGUCCCGCGACAUGCCCCACGUCACCGGCGCCCGUGUGCUCCACCGCCGGCCGCACGUAUCGCAACCAUUGCUACUUACGUAAGGAAGCCUGCGAGCGACGACUCAACUUACGCGUCAAACAUGAAGGAGAAUGCGAUGCAGGAGACCCAUGUACUGGGGUAUCAUGUCCAGUCGGAGCUCGAUGCGUCGCAGCAUACGGCCAACCAGAGUGCAGAUGUCCCAGAAGUUGUCAGCGACGCAAACCUGUGUGUGGGACCGACGGGAGAGAAUACCCAUCCGUGUGCCACCUCGACAAACACGCAUGCGACAACCAACUCAACAUAACUAUCAAAUACCAUGGAAAAUGCGAUCCCUGCUCGGAACAUGAAUGCGCGGACGGUGGCGUAUGUCAGUUAAAUGAAGCGCGGGCGCCAGUCUGCAGAUGUGGUCCACCGUGCGAUCUGUUGGUGCGGCCCGGCUCCGCCGUGUGCGGCUCCGACUACAAAGACUAUCCAAGCGAGUGCGCCUUGCGCCGAGAGUCAUGUCGGACGAGACAACAACUUACUAUUGCCUACAGAGGAGAAUGCGCUUCCGCACAACAUCCGUGUGACUCGGUGAAGUGUGGAGCUCGGGAGCACUGUUCGCUGGACGCACGCGGCGUGGCGGUGUGCGGCUGUGGCGUGGAGUGCGAGCCGGUGGUGCGGCCUGUGUGUGGCUCGGACGGACGCACCUACGACAGUCGCUGCCAUCUGGAUAGGACCUCAUGUUUAGACAAUCGAGAUGUGCGGAUAGCUUACACAGGACCUUGUGGUGUAGAGAACCCAUGCGCCCGCGCUUCAUGUCCAUGGGGCGGCGCGUGCGUGGCUCGCGGCGGCGCGGCGCAGUGCGCAUGCCCAGUAUGCGAUGCCACGCUCACGCCCGUCUGCGCCUCCGACAGAAACACGUACGGCUCCGAGUGCAAGAUGCGAAUGCACGCCUGCCAGGAAGGCUUGCCUGAUGGAGAGCUCAAAGUGCUGUAUAAUGGAACUUGUCAGACUUGCUCGGACAUCGUAUGCAAGGGCGGCGGUGACUGCGCCGUGGAUGCCGACACCGGCCGGCCCAUAUGUCGCUGCAACCACAACUGCACCGAGGCACAGGAGUCGGACUUGGCAUGCGGGAGCGACGGCCAGACAUACCCGUCGCAAUGCGAGCUGGACUCGACAGCGUGUCGUGAACAAACUGAUCUGCGGCUCGCAUACAAAGGCGAUUGUGCUCUGUGUGAAGGAGUUCAGUGUGCCUUUGGUGCACAUUGCGCCGCUGGCGAGUGCAUAUGUCCCACGGAUUGCACUGGUGCUGCUCGUGAACCAGUUUGUGGCAGUACCAUGCAGACGUUUCCCAACGAGUGCGAACUACAGAAAGCAGCUUGCAGACUCCCUCCGCCAGCCACACUGCACGUCAUCUUUUAUGGAGACUGUAAAGAUAGACUCGCUGUAGUACCACCAAUUGCUAUGACGACGACCGCGAUGACUACAACCGAGGCGGAGGACGGGUCCACGGACGCGUGGGGCGCCACUGACCUGGACGGCACGGCCGGGCCCGCCGCCUGCCGCGACAUCCGAUGUGACUUCGGCGCCAGCUGCGAGAUCGGCUCCGACGGUUACCCACGCUGUUCCUGCCUUUUCGAAUGUCCGCAUGAAACCGAAUACUUCCCUGUCUGCGCCUCAGACUUCAGACUUUAUCCCAGUCUCUGUGCUAUGCGUAAAGAGGGCUGUCAGAAACAACUCGAGUUGAGACUAAGGCCACUGGAUCUUUGCAAAGGUAUGGAAGUAAGACCCUGCGGUAAUAAUAAAGCUAUGAUCGACCCUACCACUGGCCUCGAAAUAGACUGUGGUAACGGGCCGCACCGGCAGGAUUGUCCUGCCGGCAGCUACUGUCAUAUCACACUGACGGCGGCUCGCUGCUGCCCCAAAAACGAUUCGAGACAACUUGAGGAAAAGAAGACAUCUCACUGUUCCGAAACUUCGUAUGGGUGUUGUUCUGACGGUUCGACCGCAGCCAGCGGUCCUAAUGAGGAGGGGUGUCCAAUCACGAGUUCGACUUGCGGUUGUAACCGGCUCGGCUCGGUGUCGGAUCGAUGCGAUGACGACGGACAAUGUGUCUGCCGGCCCGGUGUUGGCGGCCUCAAGUGCGACCGGUGCGAGCCCGGCUAUUGGGGCCUGCCCAGGAUCGGCUCCGGCCACACUGGCUGUAUACCGUGUGGGUGCUCCGCUUUCGGUUCAGUUAGGGAGGAUUGCGAACAAAUGACUGGUCGAUGUGUUUGCCGAACCGGGGUUCAAGGACAGAAGUGUACCGUGUGCGCCGACCACAGACGCAGAUUAGGACCCAACGGGUGUUCCGACCCUGAAACUGGUGGAGUAGUAUCAUCAUGUGCAGAACUAUCUUGUUACUUCGGAGCGGUCUGCACGGAACGCACUGGUGGCGCCCUUUGCGAGUGCGCAGCUGCGCCCUGCUCCGACAGCGAUACCAACAUGCUGGUAUGCGGUAGCGAUGGCAAAACUUACGAAUCCGAGUGCCACCUCAAAUUGCAAGCGUGUCGCACGCAAGAGGAUAUCGUGGUGCAAGCGUUUGGUCCGUGCAAGUUGGGCGAAGUGGCUGGCACGGCCGGCCCGCCGCGGCCCUCCUCGCCCAUACAGUUCACUCAGCAAGAUGACGGCGCCGCAUCCAAAUCAACCAGACACCUGCUCAAUCCAGACAAAUACUACAACAAGUACGAUUGGACUAGAAAAGAAACACCCAGUGAUUUCGACAGUAUCUUAUCAGGCCAAAAAUUCAAAGCAACGACAGCAACAGUCGGAUCAGGCGCAGUAGGAGCAUUGUUGGGCGAUCUUUGCGCAGACGACGGCGACUGCGCCGCUCUGCCCGGCGCGGAGUGCACGCGCGCCGCCUGCGUGUGUCGCGCGGGACACGUGCCUACGCUACAUAGGAAGGCUUGCGUUGAACAAUUGCCACAAGAGACGACAGAAGAAUAUAGCGCUUGUUUGUCAGAGCCUUGUUAUAACCUCGGAACAUGUAUUGAUUUGCCUGGAUCCACUUACACGUGCUUAUGUGCCGGUCCUUAUACCGGAUUGAACUGCGAGUCCCUUGCAAAGGACGGACUUCUGGGAACCUACAUAGAGACACCGUCGUUCGACGGCACUUCAUAUAUAAGACUAAAACCCUUGAAAGCUUACCACAAGCUGAAUAUCGAUAUUGAAUUCAAAGCCUUUUCCGAGAACGGCGUCAUAUUGUACAAUCAGCAGAAACCUGACGGCACCGGUGAUUUUGUUUCACUCGCCUUAGUCAACGGAUAUUUAGAGUUUAGGUAUAAUCUUGGAAACGGAGUGUUAAUACUAACUUCACUAGAAAAGAUAACGUUAAACGAGUAUCACAAGGUGUCUGCGAAGCGAUACCAUCGAGACGGGAUUUUAUCAGUCGACGAUAUGGAAGAUGUGGUUGGCCAAUCCAGCGGCCAUUUAAAAGCACUCGAUUUGAAUGAAGAUGCCUAUAUUGGGAGCGUGCCUACCAACUUUUCUAGAGUCUUCGAUAAUAUUGGAACACGACACAGUUUUAUCGGCUGCGUGAAAUAUUUGAGGGUAAUACGUCAUCAAGUGACAAAGAAAUUGGGCCGUCCGGACUCAUUAGUCGUUGCUAUUGAAAACGUCCAGGAGUGCCAAUCCAACCCGUGUAUGAGUAUGCCGUGCAAGAAUGGCGCUACGUGUAAAUCUAUAGAGGGGUCGGCGACCGAAUAUACUUGUAGCUGCCCUAUCGGAUUUCAAGGAGCCAAUUGUGACGAGAGAUUAGAUCCGUGCGAGUCGAAUCCCUGCGGAUAUGAUGAGGGGCUAUUGUGUGACAUCGGACCCGACGGCGGACACGUCUGUCGCUGUUUGUUUGGAGGCGAAAUUGGCUCCAACGGAAAUACUUGCAACAAUGAUGUGAACGUGGUUCAGGAAACCUGGUCCCCCCAGUUCAAUGGGACGAGCUACGUUGAAUUGCCGCCGCUCGAAGGGUUGGGAAAAGCGUUCCGCAUUGAAAUUUGGUUUUUAACGAACCGAUUUUCCGGAAUGCUCCUUUACACUGGCCAGUCUAAUAAAGCCAAGGGGGAUUUUAUAGCGAUUAACCUGGUUAAUGGUUACCUUCAGUUUAGGUACAAUUUGGGGAGCGGUAUUGCUAAUAUAACGUCACCAGUGCCUAUAACUAAGGGUCGCUGGCACCGUGCUCGGGUCUCGAGGUCAGGACGUCACGGAAGUCUACAACUGGAUCAUCAUCCCACGCAAAGGGGACACUCGUCACCUCCGUUAACACAUCUCGAACUAACGUUGCCUCUUUUUAUUGGAUCUCUGCCCUCGUACAUUCGUCCGCACAAGAUGUCAGGCGUGACCAGCAGUUUCAUAGGCUCGGUGCAACAGGUUUUUGUGAAUGGCAACCCUUUGUCUCUAUAUGGGGCUGAUACGGCCAAGUGUGCGAUAGUGCAAGACGAAGAACGGCUCCCUUGCGCCACCACUGGCGUCACCAAGUAUACUGGCCCACCCUGUGGAGAUGGUCUGACUCCCUGCAAAAACAAUGGCUCCUGCAUUCCAUUACUGAAUGAAUAUAAGUGUACCUGUCGCGAUGGGUACCAAGGCAGGAACUGUGAGAUUCAGAUCAACGUCGAAAUGCUUAACGAACGGACCCCGGUCAACUUCGAUGGAAAUAAUUACUUCUCCUACAGAAGCAGAGGCAGUCGCAGGAACAGCGGCGCUCGCGGUAUUAGAUAUGAAAUAAAAUUCCGAACAUACAACGACUCUGGCCUCCUCAUGUGGAGGCGGAAAAUUGGUAUACGGCCUCGAGACUUCAUCGGCUUAGGGUUGAGCGACGGAAAACUGCAGCUUAUUUACACGGACACUGACAUAAAGGAAAUGAACUUGGCUACUCACGAGGACUGGUUCCAAUGUGUAGAGUCCAAAGCCAGGGUUGAUGAUGGAAGGUGGCACACGGCUACCGUCAGGCGGAGGAAGAGGCUCGCCAUGCUGCAAGUGGACGAUACGCCGCCCGUUAGAGGGUACUCGCAGUCACUGCUGGUGCCCUCGAAGGCAAACCCCAAGCUAUGGAUAGGGGGUUCUCCAUCAUUGCCACUGGGGCUACCGGCGGCGCUGUACACAGGGCUCCGCGGCUGUGUCGCCAGCGUGAAGGCGAACGGGCGACAUAUCGAUCUGAGCGCGCCCAUCCGACCCGCGACUCCGGUGCGACACUGUGACUGACGAUACCACUAGGUCGUGCCACCAGCGCACGACUCUCACUGCAGAUUGCCAAGUGGAUUGUGAGAUUUAAAAAAGUAUUAUUUUGUAGUUGUUGAGUUGAAUAGUGUUUUAAAUGUACCUGUCUAAUAAUGUACCUACCGAUACAUAUCCGUUCCGAUGUUUUGUUCGUAUUAUUUCAACUUUACAGCUUCUAGAAGAGUCCAUGAACAUAUCUCUAAGAGAUGAAGAUUUCAUAUCACCUCUAUGAAAAGUAUUUAUAUAUAUUUAACCAAAAGAGUUCGUUGCCAUAAACCGUUACGUUGUAGUUUAAGAUUGAGUAGGAACAAUAUCAAUUAUUAUCUUUUUUAAAUCGGUGCUCGGAUUACACAUCAGAGGUAUAAAGAAAAAUGAAAUAUUAAUUAUGCGAAAGUACUGAAUUAAUAAAAAAGACUCUUGAUAUUUUGUUGUUAAAAUUAGCAGAAAUAUAUAAUCUAGUUAAUAGAUUAGUCAGUAAAACAUAAGAAUAGUUUUUAUUAUAAGCGAGAGCAAAAUAUCGUGUGAGAAAUUAUAAAAAAAAGUUUCUAAAACUUUAUUGAUGUAGAAUAAUAAUAUAUGAUGAUUGGGCAAUGGUAACAUUCCAGCUCUCGAACUGUGUCUUCAGGACAUAUUAUAUUAAUGUAUCAAAAAUAAGCAAUCGUAAAUUAAUAUUUUGACUAACGUUUUCUGAUUUUUUAUUUUGAUAAUGAAAUUAUCAUUUUGAUUCCAUUUUUGCCAUUCCUUUUAUAAUGUGAAGUACGAUAUUUAGCAAUUAUUUAUAAAUGACAGUGCCAUAGUAAUUGUACAGUAGCUGUGUUAGGAAUUUUAUAUACUCAGUGUUUAAAGCAUAAUACUACUAGGUUGUGUUUGUUCUUUCCUUUUGAAUAGUAUUUAUUUUUAGUAUUAUUUGUGUAACAUUGCAGUUAAUAUACAGACGUCAAUUUAAUUUCAUUAUUCAGCGUAUUAUUCAUUUUCAAAAUUAACAUCAGUAUCUAGUUAUUUUGAAGGCAAGAAUUUAAUUCGUUUAUCGCUCGAUAACAACUAUAACAAUCAUUUAUUUGGUUAAAAAAAACAAAGCAUUUCAUAUCAGUUUAAAACAUUUAAAUUUCCGUGCCAUACUUUUUUAAGUAAUUCAAAAUAAAUAUUUAACGCUGUAACUGUUUUACUUCUCCUGAGAUUAUUUUAGUGAUUUAAUUUAAGUACUGACAUUUUGUAAUAUAUGUACAUAAUGAAAUAAUAACUACAUAUAGACUAGACUUUUUUUACAAGCUGCUUUACUGUUUUAUCGAAAUAGUAUCUAAUGAAUGUUACGAAAUGUCCGUUAUCCUAGAGUAUGAA